GGUGGAAGGGAGUUGAUAAAGGCCCUGGCUUUCACCCUUUGUUUGGACUUCCAACACUCUUCCACCACGUUCCAUUUUAACACAAAAGCACGCAACUUUUGCUUCUGCGAGGUGGGGUAUGCUUUCCCUGUUCUCUUAUUCAUAUUCCCUGAUGUUCCUGCUUGAGCCAAUUUUUGCUCAUGGGAUUUCCGGUUCCUUCCACCUGGUUUUGUUACUUUUGUUGUUUGCCAUUUUGGUGUUUAAGAGGGCUGAGAGAGGUUAUGGUAAGGAGUUGAAAGCCAAGGUUACGCGCAGGGGGGUUUUGUGGCAUAAGCAGACUUUGUUAUGUUGUUUAGCUGUUUCUGGGUUUAAUGCCGCUCUGUGUUUGUUCAGCUAUUUCCAUGGGUUUAGGAAUGGUUGGUUCUUAGAUGAACUCGUGAUGCUUUCUGAUUUAGGGCUUAAAACACUUGCUUGGGGUGCAAUUUCUCUUUACGUGCAAAUUAAAUUCUCUGCUUCUGGUGAACAGAAAUUCCCAUUUUUCGUGAGCAUCUGCUGGUGCUUUUAUCUGUUGACUUCUUGUUAUUGUCUUGUCAUAGACAUCUUUCAUAGCAAAAAUCAGGCCUCCUUACCAAGUCAGUAUUUAGUGUCUGAUAUUUUCUCUGUUAUUACCGGUUUGCCUAUCUGUUUGGUGGGUUUUUUGAAUAGAAAUAGGAGCGAAGAUACCUUCCUAGAGGAACCCCUUUUGGAUGGAGGUUCCAGUCUAGAGUCAAAGAAGUCCGGAGAAGAUGACUCUGUAACCACUUUCUCAAAUGCCAGUAGUUUUAGCCGUGUUACAUUCUCAUGGAUGGGGCCUUUAAUCGCGCUCGGCAAUAGGAAGAAGAGUUUAGACUUUGAGGAUGUUCCUCAACUUGAUAGCCUUGAUAGUGUAGUUGCGUGUUUUCCAAAUUUUAGAAAAUUGCUUGAGUCUGCUGGUGGUGCUGGGAGUGGGGUGACCACACUUAAGCUGGUAAAGGUGUUGUUCCUUUUAGUAUGGAAAGAUGUUCUCUGGACAGCUUUUUUGGCACUUGUGGAAACAGUUGCUUCAUAUGUUGGCCCAUAUUUCCUUGACACUCUUGUCCAAUACUUCAAUGGGCAACGGGAGUUCAAAAAUGAGGGGUAUCUUCUGGUUACAACAUUAUUUUUUGCAAAACUUCUAGAGUGCCUAUGUCAAACGCACUUCUCUUUUAGGCUGGCGCGAAUUGGAAUCAGAAUUAGAGCAGUACUGGUAACAAUGAUUUACAACAAGGGUUUAACCCUCUCAUACCAAUCGAAACAGAGCCACACUAGUGGGGAAAUCAUCAAUUUCAUGGCUGUUGAUGCAGAAAGGGUUGCUGACUCUUGUUGGAACAUUCAUGAUCCAUGGAAGGUCAUUCUGGAAGUUGCUUUGGCAUUGUUUAUCCUGCAUAGAAAUCUUGGAAUAGCAUCAGUUGCAGCUUUUAUUGUGACCGUACUCCUUAUGUUAGCAAAUUUUCCUUUUGGGAAGUUGGAGGAGAAGUUUCAAGACAAGUUGAUGAAAUCAAAAGAUAAAAGGAUGAAGGCAACAUCGGAGAUCUUAAGGAAUAUAAGAAUUCUCAAGCUUCAAGGCUGGGAAAUGAAGUUUCUGUCAAGGAUUUUUGAGCUCAGGAAUGUUGAGGCAGCAUGGUUAAAGAAGUAUGUUUACACCUCUGCCGUGACCAGGUUUCUAUUUUGGAUGGCACCGAUUUUUGUGUCUGUGGCCACCUUUGGUACUUGUAUGCUUCUGGGAAUCCCUCUUGAGUCCGGGAGGAUCCUAUCUGCAAUUGCUACAUUCAGUAUUCUUCAAGGGUCAAUCAAUAGCCUUCCUGAAACGAUUUCAGUGUUAAUUCAGACAAAGGUUUCUCUUGAUAGAAUUGCAUCCUUCUCUUGUCUGGAUGACUUGAAUUCUAAUGUUAUAGAGAGGCUUCCAAGUGGUACUUCUGACAUAGCAAUUGAGAUCAUUGAUGCGAAUUUCUCCUGGGAUUUAUCUAGCACAAAUGUUGCUCUGAAAGAAAUAAAUUUAAAAGUGCACCAUGGUAUGAAGGUUGCAGUUUCUGGUAUUGUUGGCUCUGGCAAGUCAAGUUUUCUUUCCUGUAUUUUGGGUGAAAUUCCCAAAAUAACUGGGACUGUAAAGUUGUGUGGCUUGAAGGCUUAUGUUGCCCAAUCACCUUGGAUACAGAGUGGUAGCAUUCAAGAGAACAUAUUGUUUGGUAAGGGGAUGGACAAGCAAAGGUAUGAGAUGGUGCUUGAAGCUUGUGCCCUCAAAAGAGACCUUGAAAUCCUCCCAUUUGGUGAUCAGACAGUUAUAGGUGAGAGAGGAAUCAAUUUGAGUGGAGGACAGAAGCAGAGAAUACAGAUUGCUCGUGCUCUCUACCAAGAUGCUGAUAUCUAUUUGUUUGAUGAUCCUUUUAGUGCUGUGGAUGCUCAUACUGGAUCUCACCUUUUUAAGGAAGUUUUGUUGGGCAUCUUGAAAUCGAAAACUGUUAUUUAUGUCACUCAUCAAGUUGAGUUCUUGUCUGCUGCGGAUUUAAUCUUGGUCAUGAAAGAUGGGAGGAUUACUCAAGCUGGAAAAUAUGAUGAAAUUCUUUGUCAAGGAACUGAUUUGAUGGAACUUGUAGAUGCACAUGAGAAAGCUUUGUUAGCACUUGAUACAGCUGAGGCAGUAUCUGUUUCUGUAGAAGUAAGUAUCAGCAAAGAUGAUGUUGUGAGUGGAAUAGAAGAAAUUAAAAGUAUUCCAAAUGGUAAAACUGAUGACAGUGUUGGGUCUAAAGGACAACUUGUCCAAGAAGAAGAGCGAGAGAAAGGGCGUGUGGGGUUUUCAAUUCUGUUUCAGCUUCUUCAGAUCAGUGGCAAUUGGUGGUUGGCCUGGGCAACUCCUGCCUCAGCAGAUGUCAAACCUGCAGUUGGGAACUCUACAUUAAUAAUGGUCUAUAUAGCUUUGGCCUUCGGAAGUUCUUGGUGCAUCCUUGCCAGGGGCAUGUUUCUUUAUACAGCUGGAUACAAAACGGCCAAUCUAUUGUUCAAUAAAAUGCAUUACUGCAUUUUUCGUGCUCCCAUGUCUUUCUUUGAUGCCACCCCAAGUGGGCGUAUACUAAACAGGGCUUCUACAGAUCAAAGUUCAGUGGAUUUGGGUGUUCCAAAUCUAUUUGGGAGUGUUGUCUUCACAGUGAUCCGACUCCUUGGAAUCAUUGCGAUGAUGUCUCAGGCUGCAUGGCCAGUCUUUAUUGUUUUUAUUCCUGUGAUUGCUACCUCCAUUUGGUGUCAGCAAUAUUACAUAUCUCCAGCCCGAGAACUUUCAAGAUUAAUCGGUGUACAUGGAGCUCCAAUAAUACAACAUUUUGCUGAAACAAUUUCAGGUUCAACAACAAUCAGGAGCUUCGAUCAACAUUCGAGAUUCAGAGAGACAAACAUGAAACUGAAUGACUAUUAUUCUCAGCUAGUAUUCUAUAGUAAUGGAGCAAAUUCAUGGAUGGGCUUCCACCUAGAUAUGUUAUCUUGUCUUAUGUUUGCCUUCUUUUUGGUCUUCUUAAUCUCCAUUCCACAGGGAGCUAUUGAUCCAGGCAUUGCUGGCUUAUCCGUGACAUAUGGAAUCAGUCUAAAUAUGUUGCUAAGUUAUGUAGUGUGGAGUCUGUCCUAUCUAGAGAAAAGAAUUGUAUCAGUGGAGAGAAUGCUUCAGUAUAGUAGCAUUCCCAGUGAGCCACCUCUAGUGAUAGAAACAAAUCGUCCAGCUCAUGCUUGGCCAUCAUAUGGAGAAAUCCAUAUUCAUGAUCUGCAGGUGCGGUAUGCUCCAAAUUUGCCACUUGUGUUGCAAGGCCUUACGUGCACUUUUCCAGGAGGAUUGAAAACUGGCAUUGUAGGGAGAACAGGAAGUGGUAAAUCAACACUUAUACAAACACUUUUCCGGAUGGUUGAACCUGCAGCUGGUCAGAUUCUAAUAGAUGGUGUCAACAUUUCGUCCAUUGGAUUGCAUGAUCUACGGUCAAGACUAAGCAUCAUUCCUCAGGAUCCUACUAUGUUUGAAGGGACAGUACGGAGCAAUCUGGAUCCUCUUGAAGAGUACACGGACGAACAGAUUUGGGAGGCUCUGGAUAAGUGCCAACUUGGAGAUGAAGUUAGGAAGAAGGAAGAGAAACUAGAUUCUACAGUCAGUGAGAAUGGAGAGAAUUGGAGCAUGGGACAGAGACAACUUGUCUGUCUCGGGCGUGUGUUGCUGAAGAAAAGUAAGGUCUUAGUGCUCGAUGAAGCUACUGCAUCUGUGGACACAGCUACUGAUAAUCUAAUUCAACAAACUCUAAAGGAACACUUCGGUUGCUGCACAGUCAUAACCAUUGCACAUAGGAUAACUUCUGUUCUAGAUAGUAACAUGGUCCUGCUUUUAAGUCAAGGAGUUGUGGAAGAAUAUGAUUCUCCAGCAAAAUUACUUGGAAACAAGUCUUCCUCUUUUGCUCAACUUGUGGCUGAGUACAAUGCAAGAUCAGAUUCUAGUUUUCACCAUUAAAAAUAUUUCAUCUGAUUUAGGCCUAAUGAAUAAGUGUGUUCUUUUACCUACGAGAGAAACUUCCAUGGAAGCAUUGGACUGAUCUUUAAACGCGUUAGGUUUAAGAAGUCUAAGAAUGGGGAAGUUUAGCCCAAAAAAUUUCAGAUUAGUGGCUUAAUUUGCUUGAUAAUUUUCUUUUCUUUUUUAUAUUUUUAAAUUGUCAAUAAACAACAAUGAAUUGAGAUUUUAUGG